AUGAGAUUCAUUCCAUCACGACUCAGUUAUCUAUUCCUUCACCUCUUUGCGUUUUGCUACUACGCUCAGGUAACCAUUCAGUCCCCGCCUAAUUUUACGCAGCAUGUGAGUGAGCAAAGUAAGGUGACGGACCGGGUCAGCCGUAGACUAAUUCGGACCUACCAGCUUUACAGUCGAACCAGCGGCAAACAUGUUCAAGUUUUGGCCAACAAGAAAAUCAACGCCAUGGCCGAAGAUGGUGAUGUUCAUGCAAAGCUGAUUGUGGAGACAGACACGUUUGGGAGUCGUGUUCGAAUUAAAGGAGCAGAGACAGGAUUCUACAUCUGCAUGAACAGAAGAGGCAAACUGAUCGGGAAGCGGAACGGCCAAGGCAAAGACUGCAUCUUCACCGAGAUCGUACUGGAGAACAACUACACGGCGUUGCAGAACGUGAAGUAUGAAGGCUGGUACAUGGCCUUCACCCGGAAAGGACGUCCGAGGAAAGGAUCGAAAACCCGGCAACACCAACGGGAAGUGCAUUUCAUGAAACGGCUGCCCAAAGGACACCACAUCGCAGAACACAGGCCUUUUGACUUCAUCAACUAUCCGUUCAACAGAAGGACUAAACGCACCCGCUACUCAGGAGAGCGCUAA